AUGAUCACUGUCAGUUACAUCGUCUUAAAGAUAAUUAUUAUAUCGUUAGUUUACAUAUGGAUACUUAUACAAUGCUCACGUUCUGCCAAGAAGAAGGACUCAUCUUCUAAAUCAGUAGCGUCCAGUUAUAUCGAAGAAACAAAAUUAGAAGAAAAGUAUGUGAGACCGGCUUGGGACAAGCUAUUCCCAAAAAUUCUACCUCCACCGGUACGUGUUCCUGAGAAAGAAAAUAAGGAAGUGGAUGUCGAACCAGACUUCAUGAUAAUGAGUGCUCCAAGACUUGAUAAAGGUUCGAAUCUUGAAAGUGACAAGCACGUAGAACCGGAAGGAAGAAGGUCAGAGAUUCUCGAACAAGUUUUCUGUGACCGAACACAGACCAGUCCAGACCCAAGACUCGAAGACGCUGAAGAAUCGCGGAAGAAAAUGGGAACAUCGAAACAACAGCGACGUGAUCCAAAUCAGAAUAAAAAGAAUGGAGCUGAGGGAGAGUCAAUAAAGUUAGAUGAAGGAGAGCCUAUAAAGAGUGGCAGGAACGGGUCAGGUGUAGGUGGAACAAAAGGAAUAUAUGGGUCAUCAGUCUCUGAUACACCUGGCAAAUCAGCUCAUAAUUCUGUUCUGGAAGGAAUUAAAAAGAAGAGCAAAGAAACCACACAAAAAAUGAAGGAAAACAUAAGGGGAAGAUCCAAGGAACUCAUAAGAACAGAUAGAACUAUCGAUUCGAAGGAGAAGAUUGAAAGACGCAGACCCUAG